AUUCCUGACUGGAUGGCUGAGAUAAGAUUGUAUUACUGAGUAUGUGAUUAAAAAGCUCAGAUAGUUUCAGCAUUACUAGGUUAGAAUGGCAAGUUGUGGCACAUCCCCUAGGUUGCAAAAAUGACAGUGGGAUUGCUAGAUUUGACAAUUUUGUUCAGUUUCAUUAUUUUAUUUAUUUUAUAAAAUUUAUACAUGGCUUGAUUGGAAAAAUACCUCAAAGUAGGCUUUGAAUUUUUCUUAUAUUCUGAACUAUGUGGAAUCUUCACAAGCAUUCUUGCUCAUUUUUUAAUUAGCAACAUGUACUUUAUGUUAUUGUAUAAUCUUCAGAGGAUGAAUUUUAGUACUCAGCAUAUAUGCUAUAUAAUGUGACCAUGGUUAAUUUCAUUUUGGAUUAAUUGUUGGUACUGUUUGAAUAGCCACCAAACUCCUAUAAUGAUGAAUUUAAAAAUGCAGUUAUCAGCCAGUGAUGGAGGUGCUUUCCUCCUAUUUAGCUGUUAAUCAGGAAAACGACUGAGUGUUUUCCAAGUGCCUGUAGACUUCAAGUUCAAAUCAAAUUGUCAUAUUUUCCUACUAAUAUUUAUAUUUUAUGCACAUUAUUAUUUUACAAAAUAUUAAAAUAAGCAGAAACUUUUGGAGUAUACUGUGAAUAUACAAGAAUAAAGCUUUAUUAAUUUUGAGGAAAGCAAGACCACAUCUCUGCUGUUAUAAAAAUCAUUGGAUUCCAGCAACAUGUGAAGAAAUUUUGUAUUUGGUCAGGGCUUUUUAACAACACUGUGCAAGCUCGGAAUUAAGAGAGACGUGUAACAGAAUGAGAUAAUAUUGUUAAUGGAAUAAUGAAAUGUGCAGAUAAAUAUCUGGGUUUAUGCAAAGUAAAUGGAGAUUAGAUAUGGCUUUAAAGCACACACUUCAGCCAGGUGUGUUUAUGAUAAGGAAAGUGAACAAUGAUGUGACCUAAGGAAAUUGCUGGUUUUGCUCAUGAAAAUUAGCAGAGGUUUGGAAGCUAUGAAAGAACUCAGCGAUUAGGUUAUUUCAACAGCAAGUGAAAAUCCACUGCAGGAAAUUACUGGUUGAAAAGAAUCAUGUAAUUUGGUUGGACAUUUUAGCUGUUAGGCCAGAGGACUGUUUCAUAUAUGCCUGUUGUCAUUAGCCCAUCUAACAGGCCUAUCCACCCAAUCAUCUGCUUCCCAUGCUGUGCCACACAACUCCUGACUUAAAAAGCAGACUGCAUUGUGGAUAGUGUGUGAGAAGAACUCUGCUGUCAGGUCAUCACAGUCAAAUUCUUUGGGCCACCAUUUGCUAGUGGCUGGGUAUAGGUAGAUGCAUAAUGCCAAAUUUAGAUGAGGCUCAUUUUUUCUGUAGCCGCUGUUUGAGAACUUCAGUGCUCUAGUCAGGUGAUAUGCAUGUACCAACCUUUCCACAUGGCAUCCUGUUUCUAUCUGUUUCCUUCCUGCCUCAGUGUCUCAGCAGUUUUUUACCAGAACAUAUUAGAACUGGGUUUCCUGUUGCUUGUUUUCUUCCCUUCCUGUAUCUGCUGGCUUUCUUCAGUUAACUGACUGACCCACUGGGUCCAUUCCUGGCUUAAUAUUCUUUGUUAUGAUCCUGUCCCAACCUUCUAUUUUAAUACUGCCCUUCCACUCCUGUUCCUAAUGCAAACUGGUUUGGCAAAUCUUAUAUAAAGACUGAAGAAUUGUCCUCUGGGACACUGACACCAGGAAAAGUGAAGAGAUCUUCUGGAUAAACAGAACUGUCUGCUUCCCUGAAUCAUGGCUGCUGAUUUUGGUGUUUAUCUUAGGAACUUCUGGGAAGUUAUUUUUUUGAAGUAAUGCCCACAGAAAGUGGAAGUUGUGCCACUGCUCGCCAAGCCAAGCAGAAACGCAAAUCUCACAGUCUUUCUAUACGAAGAACAAACAGUUCUGAACAGGAGCGGUCAGGAUUGCAGAGAGAGAUGUUGGAAGGCCAGGAUUCUAAACUACCAUCAUCUGUAAGAAAUACACUCCUGGAACUUUUUGGCCAAAUAGAAAGAGAGUUUGAAAACCUCUACAUUGAAAAUCUCGAAUUACGUAGAGAGAUUGAUACACUUAAUGAACGCUUAGCAGCUGAAGGCCAAACCAUUGAUGGAGCUGAACUGAGCAAGGGACAGCUGAAAACAAAAGCCAGUCAUAGUACCAGUCAGUUGUCUCAGAAAUUAAAGACUACUUACAAGGCAUCUACUAGCAAGCGCUCAAAUUCUUUCCCAGGCAAAUCAGGUGGACCUCGCAACUUCAACGUGGGAAGCUGGGAAAUAUGGGGUGGAGACUCCUGGAUUGUAUCUAGUUUCAAAACUACAACGUCUAGAGCCAUUUGCCAGCUGGUGAAAGAGUAUAUUGGUCAUCGGGAUGGGAUUUGGGAUGUCAGUGUCACGAAAACUCAGCCAUUGGUCCUGGGGACAGCAUCUGCUGAUCACACUGCUUUGCUUUGGAGCAUAGAAACAGGGAAGUGCCUUGUGAAAUACGGUGGGCAUGCUGGAUCAGUAAAUUCCAUAAAGUUUCAUCCAACGGAACAAGUGGCUCUUACAGCUUCAGGAGAUCAGACAGCUCAUAUCUGGAGGUACAUGGUGCAGUUGCCCACACCUCAGCCUACCGCAGACUGUAAUCAAAUGUCUGGAGAAGAUGAAGUUGAGUUCUCUGAUAAAGAUGAACCUGAAGGAGAUGGAGAUGGUUCUAGUGAUUGUCCCACCAUCCGAGCUCCUUUAACUUUCCUAAAAAGCCACCAAGGUGUAGUCAUAGCAGCUGAUUGGCUAGUUGGAGGGAAGCAAGCUGUGACAGCUUCAUGGGAUAGAACAGCAAACCUGUAUGAUGUGGAGACAUCUGAACUGGUGCACUCUCUGACAGGACACGACCAAGAACUUACACAUUGUUGCACGCAUCCCACCCAACGUCUUGUGGUGACCUCCUCACGAGACACGACUUUCCGCCUGUGGGAUUUCAGAGACCCUUCUAUCCAUUCUGUGAAUGUCUUUCAGGGCCAUACAGACACUGUGACUUCAGCUGUCUUCACUGUGGGAGACAAUGUUGUUUCGGGUAGUGAUGACCGUACUGUGAAAGUCUGGGACUUGAAAAAUAUGAGGUCGCCUAUUGCCACUAUUCGCACAGAUUCUGCAGUAAACAGGAUUAAUGUUUGUGUCGGCCAAAGAAUCAUUGCCCUUCCACAUGACAACCGGCAGGUUAGAUUAUUUGACAUGUCUGGAGUGCGAUUAGCACGGCUCCCUCGCAGCAACAGACAGGGGCAUAGAAGAAUGGUUUGCUGUUCAGCAUGGAGCGAAGACCACCCGAUCUGCAAUCUGUUCACUUGUGGAUUUGAUCGGCAGGCUAUUGGGUGGAACAUCAAUAUUCCUGCCUUGCUUCAGGAAAAAUGAGAUGCUGAAAGAAUUCUUUCCCAGACCCCUCAGUUUUGUUGCCAUAGACUUUUUUUGUGCAGACUUUCCUGUAAGCUGGUCUGCUGUUAACAUAAAAGGUGCACCUUGAAAGGGAGUGUGUUGCAAAUGUUGUUACCACAUUGUGCACAGUUUGCAUGAAAUGUACAGAAAAAAUAUGUGACCUUUUCAAAGAAGCUAGAUUCUUGCAUAUGGACUUUUAUAACUUGGCAUCCACUGGUGAGUAGAAGGAUAUAUGGCUUUCCUAUGGAGCAUAUAAGUGUUCAUAAGUUAUUCAGCCUAGAUGAACAGUAGGGCAUUAUGUUUGACUUAAAUGUGAAUUCUGUGUACUUAUUGUGAAGAAUAUAUAGUCUGCCUUUCCCUCAUCAUUUUACAUAUCUGCCUUGUGAUUAAGGAGCGUAUAGGGCUAAACUUAAGAUGAAGGGUGAAUUUCAGAAGUAUGGUGGAGAUUUCCCCUCCCAUCUAUAUUUGAGCACUCCUGCUGAUUUGAGCACUCCAAUGUAGUAUUUGAGUCUGAUUUGAGCACUCCAAUGUAUUUAUUUAUUGGAGUAUUUAUUUCAAUUCCCAAUUUAAGGGAAAAAUACAGUUUUUUUAAAGCAUUGGGCAUAGAAUGUUGGUUUGCCAUGUUGAGUAUAUUCCUAUACAUUUCAAGAACUAACUGGUUCACCCUUACCCUGUUGGCUGGAGCCACCAUUCUGUGUUUUGGUAUUUUACAUAACUGCAAACUACAAAAUAUUAUAAUCACGGCAAUCUGAGCAAGUUUUUAAGCACUUUAGUUUAUAGCAGCUGUUAUAAACCACAAGCGGCAGAUGAAAUUUCCUAGAGAAUGUGAGGCCUAUAUCUAAGAAGGAUUUACAUUGCUACAUUUUGUGAAGUUUUUUUAUUAUAAAAAAAGAAUAAAUCUUGAGGGUUUUUUUGGUGUGUUUUUUUAAAGAAUGCACCUGUGUUUAACAUAUUUCAAAAUGGGACCUCUCCCAUCAACGUUCUGUUUUUGGGCCAACAACACUAUGCCAGAGAUCCAAAAGAUCAGACUAGUUAUACAUGCCAAUAAAUGUGGCAAGCCACUAUUGAAAUUAAGUGGCCUGUCAGAAGCAGAUUGUAAUAUGGCAUGGUGCUUGGGAGCGGGUCUGCUGUUCAAGGACAAAAGUAAGGAAGGUCGUUGGACAUGCCCCAACCCUUGGUCAUGCUAACAUUGUUCUUUGGAUCCUGGCCAUUGCAACUAAGUGUGCUACCUCAAAAAUGAAUGUGGGGCUACUAUGAAUCUUGCUGUUUGCCCUUGAUAACACACUUUGGGUCUCAUUCCAAUGUGCUGUCAUAAAGAGUAGAAGACAAUCAUACCAAAUUCAAGGUUGUACUUUGUCAAGACGUAACUUGCUAACUUGGAAGGAAGGUCCUUGUGUUGUUUCACACCAUUCGACAGGUGGUCCUUAGAUGGGUUUUGCUCUUCCUAAGUCGUGUUGUCAGCUUGAUAUCUGCAAUUAAUAUUCCCAAGCACCUCUGAUAGCCAACUGUCUUGAAGAAGGUUAAUGAGACCGUACGUUAGGAUUCCUUCAUAGAUGUUGUAUUUGCAGCUGAGGGCAGGCAGGGCUUCUCUAAACUGUCUGUCCACAUCUCAGGGUUGGAGCCAAAAUAAUCAAAGUGGUAAUGUAGGUUGCUUAUAAAAGGUUUAAAAUUAAUUCCCCUACAUUACUUUGAGUUACACUUCCUUGAUCAGUUCUCCUCUUCCUCCUCCAGUUAUUGUGUUCCAUAGCACUGUCCAAUAGGAAUUUAUCUGGCUGACUCUAGGGGAGAGAGUGGAGGCACCAUUUAUGAGAGUGCUGAAAUCAUAGCAAGUUGAGACAUAACGUUAUAGCAUGUCAUAUAGGAGUUAAAGUAGUUUAUGGAGAAAAGAAUUAAUGCAAGAAACAUAAUAAGUGAAUAGCUUGAUUUGUUUGGGGCAAAAGGAUCUGUGAUGUAGCACUAAAGCCUGGAACGAGUAAAUGACUGAGGCUUGUGAUUAUAUUAUCAAAUGUAUAAUAAGUAAAUAAUGACUUGGAAUUUGAUUUAAAAUCCAUAGGAGAUACCGCUUUUUGCUUCCCUAAUCUGGGUCAUCCUCUACCCAUACUCGAUGGCAAAACUCAAAUGAGUUGUGGAUGGCUUUAUUGCAUGUUUUAUUAUAUCGUUUUGCAGCAUGUGCUUCUAUUUGGGUCUUGUCACAGAGUGACUGGAUGGGGAAGCAGUGUAGAGAGAAGCAAUCUUGCCACAUCACUCCUUUAUUUAUCUUUGUUAAAAGACAAUGUUUUGCCUACAUGCUCCCUAGCUAAUGGGUGUUGCAGGCAUUUCAGUUGAAUGCAACAAACUCCUUUAGAAUGUCUAAACCUGCCUUAGGGUAGAGCUUGGGUUCUCAGUGGUCUCAUUGACUUGGGAAUCACCCAUUGAGUGGCUUGGGCUCAUAGCUGUCCACCUUCAGUGAGAGAUGAUGGCUGCCAGUUGCAUGGACAGUUCAUAUGAAUGGAGUCUUUACAUUUUUAAAAUACAUAUGAAAUAACAACAGUGGAGCGUGAAAUUGAUGCCCACUGUCACUGAGCUUUAUAUAUCACCAAAGGACCACCCUCCUGUAGCAGAGGUACAUGCUUGUUCCCACUCAGCCACAGGUCUUGGCUUCAUUGAAAGGAGCAAGUUAGUUAAGUGUUGUGUUGAGGCAACAGGUGCCUGUCCCAACAGUAGAUGAAUGGUAGCAGUGAAAACAAUUAUACAUUUCACAUUUUCUGGUCUUCACAUGAUAAUGAACAGGUGUUCUAAUAACUGCUGUGAGUAUUGAUUUAAUUAUGUCUUGCAUUUCACAUAGAAGGAAAGUGACUGUUACAUAUUUUCAGUAUUGAAACUUAGUUUUGCAUAAGAUCGCUGUAUCACUGGGCAAAUCACAAAGACCUGUGUCUGUCUGUCUUUCUCUGUGUAUAUGUGGUCUUCAAACAGUGCACAUCAUUUUUUUAAAAAUGAAAACAUCUGUACCUAUUUCAGAAAUCGGAAGAAUCUUAUUUUGAUGCCUAAGUCUUUGAAAACCAACUUCCGCAGAGGAAGAAAAUCCUGUACUCGUAUGUCAGUGUAGAACCACUUGUUUUUUUGUUUACUGAUAUUCUGGUGAUUUGAUUGUGUUUUUUUAGAUGUUCAAUGUGUGUCUUUGUUGCAAUUUGAAAAUGCCAUUAAAUCAUUCAGCAUUGUU